AUGGCGGUUGCCGCUCUCGCUCAGGGAGACUGGUCAGGCUGGUCCCAGAACCAUACCCAUGACAUCGAUUCUGAUGGACACCGCAACCAUCCUCGUGGCGAAGAACAGAACACACAUGGCCCUGGCGCCCACGGCCAAGGAAUAAGCAAGUGCUGUCUCAACAGUACUGAUGUCGACUACUUGGUCAAGGGGUACACUUACUUACUCCAAUACCCUGGUGGGCCAGUGUUCAACGACACAGCCAACAGUGUCCUCUCUGAUCAGUUCACCGUCUGGAGCGACUCCAUCAACACCUUGGGGAACCGCGCUCUCGGGACACCGGCGUAUCCCUCCCUGCAGGCUUUCAUCGCCUCGCAAGCGGUGACCCCACCCCUGCCGACCGUCCAGACACUGUCGACGUCGCAUACCUGCCACCAGAUUUUCUGGCGCUGGAACGCCAGCGGGAUCGGGAACCAGCAGAUGCGCGUCCAGGGCAUGAUCGCGUUGGACGUUGACGUGGCCGCCAUGAAGAUUGACACCGUGUACUCCGAGUUCAACACCGCGGCGUUCUGGACCGAUCUUGGCAACAAAGAGUGUCAGGGAACAAAGGACUAA